AUGUCUGGUGAACUACAGCAUUACUUGGACCUAUUAAAGAAGGAGGAGGAGUUAAAGGAGUUCCUGCUUCAGCUCCCCAAGGAAGCACACCUUGGGAUCACUUCUGCUGCAGCACUAGCUCAAGCAGGGAAGAUUAGUGCAUCAGAGGUGAUCUCAAGCUUGGAGAUUCUGUAUGGAGAGCAGCAGGCCUGGGACCUGACCAUCAAAACCCUGGAGCAAAUGCAUUUGACACACGUACAGGUCAAGACCCAGGGAGAAGCAUACUCGAUCUUGGGAACUGGAAAAAGCUACCAGGAUCAGAUGAAAGAGAAGGUCUUCCCUAAAAAGUCCUGGAAAACUAAGUAUUUCCAUGAAAAAUUCACACAGCUGCUGCUUCUACGUACACCUCCUAUGAGAGAUAAAGAACACCUGGCCAGGGAAAACUGGAUUCGUGACUCAGUAGAUGGGCAAGGACAUUUGAUCGAGAUCCAAGACUUAUUUAGGCCAGGCCCAGGUACCCAAGAAGGACCUCAUACAGUCAUACUGUACGGGGCUGCUGGAGUUGGGAAGUCAACACUGGCCAGGCAGGUGAGAGGGGCCUGGGAGGAAGGCCAGCUGUACAGGGACCGCUUCCGGUAUGUCUUCUACUUCAACUGCAGGCACCUGACCCAGUGCAAGGUAAAGAGCCUGGAGGAGCUGCUUGCAACAGACUGGGCUUCCACUGCAGUUCCCAUCAGGGACAUCGUGUAUUGUGUAGAACAGGUGCUCUUCAUCCUGGAUGAUGUGGAUCAGCCAGAAUCAGCUUUGGAGGAUCUUGACUCUGAGCAACAGCCACAAGGGAGAUAUUCAAAUUCAGCACUUGCAGUGCUGCGCCCUUUACUAGGAAACUUCUUACUUUUCAGGGCUUUCUUUCUGAUCACAACUCGGGCCACAUCUCUGCAAAACUUCACUCAUUUUUCAAAGAGGCCACGUUGGGUAGAAGUUCUAGGAUUCUCUGAGUCUGCAAAGGAGGAAUAUUUCAAGAAAUAUUUCACAGAUGAAAACCAAUCAAUUAGAGCCUUCAGCUUGGUGGAAUCCAACCCAGCACUCUCGACCCUGUGUCUCGUGCCCUGGGUGUGCUGGCUGGUCUGCACUUGCCUGAAGCAGCAGAUGGAGCAGGGGAAAGAGCACCCGCUGACCUCUCAGACCACCACAGCCCUAUUUCUCCACUACCUUUCCCAGGUCAUCCCAGCUUCACUACAAAGGCUUCAGCUAAGGCCCUUGUGCUCUCUGGCUUUUGCUGGCAUCUUGCUAAGAAAGACCCUUUUCAGUGCAGAUGAACUUAGGAAGCGUGGCUUAGAAGGAGCCAUCAUCCUCACCUUCCUGAAGAUGGGCAUUCUUCAAAAGGACCCCUGCACUCUGAGCUACAGCUUCACUCACCAGUGUUUCCAGGAGUUCUUUGCAGCAGUGUCCUGCAUCUUGGAAAAUGCAAGGCAUAGAAACAAAAAUAAUUUCAGUCUCAGAUGGAUGAUAAAUUUGCUAAAAAUAUAUGUAUGCCAUGACCCACUCAGAACACAAACCUUGUGCUUCCUUUUUGGCCUUUUAAGUAAUCAUGGGGCCAAAGAGAUGAAGAUCUUCACCUGCCCACUGCCUCCUGAAAGGAGGAGGGAGCUGCUACAGUGCAUCAAGGAGGAGACCCUACAUGGGCCACGAUACUCUCUGAACUUCUUCCACUGUUUGUAUGAGACUCAAGAUGAGGAGCUCCUGACACAGGAAAUGGCGCAUUUCCAGGACACAAGGGUGUGUGUCCGUACAGACACGGAACUCCUGCUGGUCACUUUCUGUGUUAAAUUCUGCAAUCGUGUCAAGUGGCUUCAACUGAAUGACAGUGAGCUGCAGACGCGAGAACGGAGCAGCCCCGGGAUAGUUGUUUUGUCCACAUGGGCACCACUCACCAAUGCCAGUUGGAAGGUUCUCUUCUCCGUUCUCCAGGUCACUGGCAGCCUGAAGGAGCUGGAUCUAAAUGGAAAUCCAUUGAGUCUCUCUGCUAUGCAGAGUCUUUGUGAGACCCUGGGUCACCCUCGCUGCCACCUGGAGACCCUGAGGUUGGCCGGCUGUGGCCUCACAGCUGAGAGCUGAGAGCACCGUGCCUUGGGGCUGAGCACCAGCCAGACCCUGACCAAGCUGGAGUUGGACUACAAUGUGCUAACAGACGCUGGGGCCCAGCACCUUUGCCAGGGUCUGCAACAUCCAUGCUGCAAACUUCAGUGACUGAAGCUGGUUGGCUGCGGCCUCACAUCCAGCUGCUGUCAGGACCUGGCCUUUGUGCUGAGCACCAGCCCUAGCCUCAAAGAGUUGGACCUACAGCAGAAUGACCUGGGAAGCUAUGGUGUACAGUUGCUCUAUCAGGGACUCAAGAACCCCACCUGCCAACUCAAACAACUAUGGCUGGACCACUCCCUUCUGAGUGCAGAGGAGCUGAGGGCCCUGGAGCAAGAGAAACCACAGCUGCUCAUCUCCAGUGCACAAAAUCCAGAUACGAGGAUCCCUACUGAAGACCUAGGGGGAGGAGAAGCGAGUCAUAGCACGUCCUCACUCAAGCAGCAGCAGAGACCACAGUCAGGUGAGCUGCACAUGGAGACUCUGGCCACUGAAGAUGACUUCUGUGGCCCCACAGGGCCUCUGCCCAUGGAGGUGGUUGACAGAGAGAGGAGCCUGUGGCGAAUUCACUUCCCUGCAGCUGGCUCCUACCACUGGCCAAAUACGGGUCUUGGCUUUGUGGUGAGAAGAGAGGUGACCGUUGAGAUUGAAUUCUCUGCCUGGGACCAGUUCCUGAGCAUGAAUGACCUACAGGACACCUGGAUGGUGGCAGGACCUCUCUUUGACAUCACGGCUGAGCAGGGAGCUGUGGCUGCUGUGCAUCUGCCUCACUUUGUGGCCCUCCAAGGAGAACACGUGGACAUCUCCCAGUUCCAAGUGGCCCACUUUAAAGAGGAGGGGAUGCUCCUGGAGAAGCCAGCCAGAGUGGAGCCGCAUUACACCGUCCUGGAAAACCCCAACUUCUCCCCCAUGGGAGUUCUCCUGAGAAUGAUCCCUGCUGCCCGGCGCUUCAUCCCCAUCAUGUCUACCACGCUGCUCUACCAUCACCUCCAUGCCGAGGAAGUCACCUUCCACCUCUACCUGAUCCCCAGUGACUGCACCAUUCGGAAGGCCAUAGAUGAUGAAGAAAAGAAAUUCCAGUUUGUACGAAUACACAAGCCACCACCAAUGGACCCCCUUUAUGUGGGAUCCCGCUACAUUGUGUCGGGUUCAGGGAUGCUGGAGAUCAUGCCCAAGGAACUGGAGCUGUGCUAUCGAAGCCCCAGACAACCCCAGCUCUUCUGUGAGAUCUAUGUUGGCUGUUUGGGGUCAGGGAUCCAGCUGGAAAUGAGAUACAAGAAAGACGAGACCGUUGUAUGGGAGGCCUUGUUGAAACCAGGAGACCUCAGACCUGCAGAAUCUGCAUUCCCUCCACCUGCCAUAGCCUCAGCUUCACCUCCAAAUGCCCCAGGCUUGCUGCACUUCGUGGACCGGCAUCGGGAGCAACUGGUGACCCGAGUGACUUCGGUGGACACUGUCUUAGACAAGCUGCUGAGUAGACAGGUGCUGAGUGAAGAACAGUAUGCAAGUGUGCGGGCUGAGGCCACCAACCCAAGCCAGAUGCGCAAGCUGUUCGGCUUCAGCCCAUCCUGGGACUCAACCUGCAAAGACAAACUUUACCAAGCCCUGAGGGAGAUCCAUCCUCAUCUGAUCAUGGAUCUCUGGGAGGGGUCAAGCAGACAGUCAGAGGGACUCUGA